AGCCAAGAAAUUGAAACAGUUGCGUGGAAUGCCAAUUGGUCAAAUUCAAUGCAGGACUUUCUGAUUGGUUAGUCCAGUGGAAAAACUCCGAGCGCCGAUCGCUAGGAGGUUAGGUUGCCAAUCUGAUAACUUUGUAACCGCAGCCGAAAUCCAUGUGAUUUAUAUAGGUUAUCAUCAUAUAAACAAGUUUCAAACUGCAAUUUAUUUUUCGCUUGUAAAGUUGCGAGAUUUUUUUAAUACGUUUCUUGUAAAUAAAAUUUGUGAAGGAUGAAGGAGAUCCCUCUUACAAACUGCGAACGAAUUUUUAUAAACAGAUGUAUAGAGGAGGAAACGAGAUUAGACGGCCGAAAAUUGUUAGAACCACGUUCGGUAAAGAUUUAUUUCGGCUCCAGUUGGGGAUGUUGUAUGGUGUCUCUUGGACACACAAGAGUAGUAACGCAAGUGUCGUGCGAUAUACAACAGCCAAAAGCAUCCCGUCCCAACGAAGGCACGAUACGCAUAAACGUCGAGCUCGCUCCAUUAGCGGCGCAGCACUUCGAGAGCGGUAGACCGUCCGAAGCGGCUAUACUAAUAAGUAGACAGCUGGAGAAAUGUUUUAAAGAUUCAAAGUGUGUAGACUUGGAAUCUCUCUGUAUUGUAGCAGAUAAGAAGGUGUGGAAUUUGAGAAUCGACGUUAAUGUCAUAAAUCAUGAUGGUAAUCUGAUAGAUUGCGCUUCUGUAGCAACACUUGCUGCUCUUAUACAUUUCCACAGGCCAGAUGUCACUUCCACUGGCGAGGAAGUCAUCAUACAUCCGGCUUCUGAAAAAGAUUUUCUGCCACUGACAUUAUUUCACUAUCCAAUCUGUAUAUCCUUCAUAACUUUCCAAAGUGGCAACACUGUAAUGGAUCCCACUUACUUGGAAGAAAGGGUUGGUGUCGCUGAACUCACUCUUGGCAUGAACUCUUACAGAGAACUAUGUAGUUUGCACUUCGAUUAUUUAACAAAAACUAUGAUAAUUGAGGAUGUCAUAUCCGCUGUUUCUAGUCAUGCGGCGAAUUACGCAACGAAAUUGGUGCAGCAGAUUAAGGAAACAGUAAUGAAGGACGUACAGUCACGGUACAAGAAAGAUGGUAGCAGUGUAUUUAGAUUUAAAGAGAACAUUGAGAUGAAUAAACUGACAACAACUAUUGGUCAACAUAUCAGUAUUAAAUUACGUAAAUGGGACUCAAUGGCUAUAGCCGAAGAUUUUAUGGAUGUAGAGGAUGAGAGUAAAAGUUGUAUCAUAAAAUACAAGGAAGGAUCUGCUGAAUUAAUACCUAUUUUUGAUGAUUCGAUUAAAAAAGAUGAAGAGCUUAGUAGUGACUCUGAUUCGGACGAUCAAGUUCUCGUCACAUCGUCAGAAAAAAAAGAGAUAGAUACAAUAGUUUUAGAUAGUGACUAGAUUCAUUCAAAAAUAUAUAAUAAGUGGAAGAACAAUCUA